UAGUGUGUCAGUAUCGAGUGGGACAGUGCACUACAAGAAUUAUCAAAACAACUCCAAAAAGUCGCGAAACAAAUCAUCAAACGGAGUGACAAUAGCCCCAGUGGAUGACAGAACCCGGUGAAAUGUGUCCCACGCCCGGAUUUUGGUAUCCACCAGUUCUCCGGUGUCCGUAGGCAGCAAGGGCGGCGUGGAACCGACGAGGUGAUGAUGAUGGAAGAGUAGAUGCGCCUCAUGGCUGGAGGCACUGGCACCGGCAAGAGGGGAAAUUUUUACAGUGGAGACUGGACAUGUGAGAAAAAGACUGGUCAGUCGGUUUUUCAAAGAGAUGGAUUAAGUGAAACGUUUGAGAGACGAAAGAUUGUUGAGAACAGACGUACUUACAUUCAUAACAUUUCUACACUCCAGCAGAGUAUACUUAGAAUCUUUUCGGAGUGUCUGCAUUGCGAUCUUUACAUUAUACACGGAUCAUACGUACUACAAACAAACACUUGUAUCAUUAAGACAAGAUCUCCGAAAGUGUAUGACAUCUUGGAGAGUUAUUUCGUUGAUGAGGGGAGACCGAGCAAAUGCGUUCUACAUUCGUUGGAUAUUUUUCAUCAGGUCCAGGAUUUUGUGAGAUUACUCUACUGCAACUUGGACCCCACCCGCGAGGAGCAGUACCUCCUGCGCCAGCUGGCCCCCGCCCGAAAUGAGUCUCCCUCCCCAGUGGCGCCCUUACCGAGCGAUGUGGACCUAACUCCAGCCUCAGAAAUGGCAGACUCCGGGCUGGAGACCGGUUCCUUCAGUCUCCAAGAGACCACAGAGUCCGAGAACUCAGGCACAGACUUCGAGGAGUCCCACAUAACGGACUACAUCUCGACAGACGACGACUUCAUCAGAGUCUCGAUAACAGGAGACAUCGAGCGAGCAAAGACGCAGAAUGCAAGACCCCAGGUUCCCCCAGACGGCGCCCUAGAGCCUCCCAGAGCGACUGAUUGUCCCUGUGUGGGCACAAGGCAGAACGCCUCGUCGUCAGGCUGUUCCUCCCGAGACGAUCACGACGAAAGGACGUGCGACGCCCCCUCAAAAUACGAGAACGAAGUGUCGAACGACUUCUACGACUCAGACCCCAACGACAACGACCAGGGCUCAUCCUUCGUCCCCACAGGCUCCUUCGAGUUCAUCGAGCCUGAGAACCCCUCGCCCACGCCCUCCCCCCGCCAAAAGUACAUCCUAAACAACCCGGAGGAAAAGUCCCCGAAGCCCGAGGCCAGAAGCAUGAUCGUGGAGAACCUCCAGCACGAGCUGUCGCACUCGAACGACCCCUCCCUGAAGAAGAGUUCCUCCAGCAUAAACAGCUACUACUUCAUCGACGCAUCAAGCCUGAACGACGAGCCCGACGUCUCCCUGCUGCUCUCGAAGGCGGAAAAAUCCGGAACAUCCCUCCCCCCGUACCUCGAGGACUACAUCCCCUCGAGAACCGACGUGGAGGACCAAAAGCCCAGGAAGUCCUCCCUCCAGAUGCACCAGGAGAACGUCGCGGAGUUCCAGCGCGAGUUGAAGCUCACAGAAUACCUGGAGCCCAUAUCAGAGCCGAGAAAGGUGAAGCGAGUGGACUCGAAAGCCGAGGAGAGGGCUGAGAAGGUCAUUGAGAAGGAGUCUCUGGUCGUGGAGAUCAAGGAGGCUGACAGUGGUGAGAGCAACCACCCCUCGCCCUGCAUCGACAACAAUAAAAAGGCGAGGGAGAACGAGGCCAACGAAGUCUCCCUGACGAACGACAUGUUCGAGGGGACUGUCAACACCUCUGGCGACUCCCGGAGGUCUUCCCUAAUACGAGGAAACACCUUUGAGUUGGAGUCAGGGGACGAGAAGCUGUCGAACCUUCGUCAGGAGUACGAACGUCGUCAGGGGAACUUAAUCUUCAAGAGCUCGAUCCCUCAGUACUCUGGGCACAGGGUGGACGACGACUUGAUGUCCUCAUCCUCGAACUACUCGAUUCCUUACCCAGACUCGCCGAAGAGGAAGGACCUGGUGUCGACAGCUGAGAGCAAUGGGGUCUGUGGGCUGUUGACGAAGAGUGCGAGUGACAAGAACCUCGCAGAGUGCUCGGAGACUGACGACAGCUCCAUAGCAGACUGCACCAGUCUCCCAGCGACCUUCGAGCCCCACUUCAUGUCCAGCAGGUCUGGGACACUGAAGAGACCCAGGAGGGACGAGAUGACGCCGAUUGUGUCUGGUGGGGUGAGCUCGGUGGACUACUCGAGGCCUGUGGACAGCCCCACAGUCAGGAGGAAGACCGAGUCGACUCCGAUAGUGUCAGGGGGUGCUGUUCUCAUGAAUUCUCGUGUGGAGAAGGUGGGGAGACCCACGAGGAUGUCCUCCUCGAUGACGACGUGGGUGGUGGACAUGAGCGACUGUGGGAAGGCUCAGAAGACCAACAGCUCCCUGGGGGACAUGUCCCAGAGCUUCUCCUCGGCGGACUGCAUCAGCAAAGGGCUCAACAGGUCCAAAGGGAGUCUAGGGUUCUUCGUGAAUCUGAAGGACAUCGAUUCUCCGAAAGACGAGAAGACUGGCUCUACCAGGAGGGAUGAGGCCACCCAGUUCUUCGUGGAUUUCUCGUCUGAAACGUCGAAAACGAAGAAAGAGACCAAUGGGAGGACGAAAACUCCAGACAAGAAGAACAUCUUCUCGAUGUUCAUCGAUCUGAGCGACUCAGACACAGGGAAAAACCAGGGGAAACCUGGCAGGGCACAACCGAGGAGCUCGGAUGACAGUGGGAAGGAGGGGGGGAGCGAAUCCUCACAGGAGUCCAGGUCUGCUGAGAAGAAGAGUGUCUUCAUGUAUAUUGAGUCUGACUCUCCAGUGGUUCGGCGAAGGACUUUAUCAACUUCCAAGCCCAGUUUUCAGAGGCACUCCUGGAAUGUGGAGAAGGUCCAGGGGAAUGGGCUCAAGGAGGCGCCCUUUCGCAAGGAGCACAAGCGAGCUAGAUCGGCGUCAAUUGACCCAGAGGUUCAGAAGAAAUUAUCCAAAAAUACUGGGUCUGCUGGCUCGCUGGAUCAAGAGAAGUCUCAAGCCCCUGCUGCUGCUCCUCAGGAGGCUGUGAAGCCUGAAGCCCCAGAAAUCCUAGAUUACGAGAUCAGGGACACUCCCCCAAACUCCCACGUGGAGAUCAUCAAUGAGGACAUAUCUCGCUGUGCGAAGAGGAACGAGUUGAAGGAGCUCAUGAAGAGUGACAUGGGCUCCAGCACAGAGGCAUCAGUGGACCCGAAGGCUGAGGACGACCCCUCGGACGUAUCUGUCUGGGAGAAGACAGGCACUGAGAGCACCGAGGGCCACACGAGGAAAUCCGAGACCUUUGACAUCAGCAGUGGGAGCGCCAGUGCCAGUGGUCCGUCCUCCAGUGACAACCAGGAGUUCGAGAUAUCGGAGUACAGGAAGGAGAGGCUACAGGAGGUGCCCAGCAAGGUCUCAGAGACCCACAAGUCCCUGACGAACACCAUAAAGAAGAUCGAGGAUGAACUCGAGGACGACUUCGACGACUCCCAGAAGACGAUUCCAGACAGCAAGGAGCCAGCCUCCUGCUCUGGGUUCGUGAGGCUCUCGGAUCUCGACAAGACCCCAGCGAAGGUGGAGAUCACGGCCUCGGAGGACACCACGAGAAUCACGAACCUCUCGUACAGGAUGAGCAAGAGCAUCCCUGAGACGUCCUGGGUGGAGAGCAAACUGGCCCUGAACAGGACGAAUGGCCCCUGUGCAGUUCGUACCUUGAGCACCAGGAAAUUCACCUCGAUAAUGAGUACAUCGCUGCCUGCUAAGCACAAGUCCCCGAUUGACGAGUUCCAGAACGACCUCGACCCUGAGAUGAUCUCAGAAUCAGACAUCAGCAGCAUGCAAUCGAGCAUGGGGCGGUCGGGGGCUGACGUCAGCACCGAAGAGACUGAGACCUCGUCCUUCGCCAAUGUCAAGCCCUACAACAGACUUGGGGAGGACCUCCUGAGGAUGUUCCUGGAGGAGAUCAACCCCGACGUCACGAUAGACGUCAGUGGCAGGAGGAUCAGGGCCCACAAGUGUAUUUUAAGCUCCAGGUGCCAGUACUUCGCAGCUAUUCUCAGUGGCGGGUGGAUCGAGAGCGCUGGGAACGUCAUCUCCCUGCAGGGGUACUCGUACCCUUCAGUGCACUUCGCUCUCUGUCACAUAUACAGCGGUGAGAGCAAUAUUCCUGACUCGAUAAGCAUCGUUGAGCUGGCAACACUCGCUGACAUGCUGUGCCUCGAGGGGCUGAAGGAGGUCAUUGGGUACACUCUCAAGGUGAAGUACUGUCAUCUGUUCCACAAACCUUGUCAGCUCUGUGCUGUUGGGGUGCUCGAGUGUCUUCCACUGGCAGCUGCCUAUGGCCUCGACGAGGUCUACAGGAAGUCCUUGAGGUGGAUCACCAGGCACUUCGUCAGGAUCUGGCCCUGCAAGGCCUUCGCCACUCUUCCAAGAGAGCUCAUGGACAAGUGCUACCAUCAGCACAUCGUUCACAUGUCAGCUGACAACGUUCUUCAGACUAUUAUGGAUUGUGAUAAGCUGCUGGCCACAUUGCCCAACAUUCGGUGGGCAGAACCAGUCUUCAGGAUAGUCUCGAAUCUCCUGGAGACCGGGCUCAAGUUCCUGAGUGACAACUUCUCCUCGGUGCUGAGUAAUGACAGCUUCCAGGCGCUCGGGAGGGACUUGACUUGGAACAUCAGCAGGCUGGAGGAUAAUGUUCUUGCAGCUGCUGACAGACUCCCUCCUGACCAAGCCUGCAGGAGCUACUCGAAGUUAUUCAAGAUGCUGGGGACCGUUGGGGGUGAGGACCACAAGCAGUGGAACCCCCUCUUCGUGGAGUUCCUGAAGAAGAUACAGGGGAGGGUGGAGAAGUGCCUCGUUAAGGAGGCCCCCAGGGCCGCAAGGACCACCACCUGGCUGAAGAUGGAUCUGGAGCUGCGGAGGAGGAUCCAAGAGCUCGCCUGCCUCGUCAUCCUCCCCCACGAGGGCUUGAAGAGGCCCACGAGGCACUCCAACUUCGUCAAAGAGUCGAAGGCUCUUGGUAAAUCCUCGGGGAGCAGAAGCGUCGAUCUCAGGAAAGUUAAGAUGACGAUUUCAGAUCAAACAUCCAGUGCUUCGAAGCCCAGCACCAGUCAGCCGAAGAAAGUCAUGAUUAAACCGAAGACAGAUCCUCUCGAACGAAAGAUGCAGGAGACCAGGGCUGGUGGUCAAGGGGAGGCCACGAUGAGGCCCAAGUCGUGGCCGAAUAAACUGGAAGUCAAGUCUAGGUAUUUGGAACCCAGGACGAAGUCAGUGCCCAAGGACUCUGUGGCCCCCAGUUUACCUGAGAGAAUGGCAGUCCAGCAGAGGAGGAAGAUCAUGAUAUCCUCCUCUGACUCCUCGAGGACGUCCAGUCCGGCUAUGAAGAGGGCUGUCGACAAGAAGCCCCCCACGAAGAUGAAGUUGUCGGUGAAGAAGGAUGUGAAGGCGUUGUCCACUGAUAGUUUGACUGAGUCCUGCAACGUCAAGAGUGUGAAGAAGGAUGCCUCUGUGAGCAAGAGCUGUGGCAUCACCAGGCCAGAGUCACCCUCGAUGAGGGCGAAGGAGGGGGACAUUGGACUCUCUGCUGACUCCUUGGCUGAGGUGAAGAAGAAACCUGCCGCUGUGAAGAAGGCCUCGGGGAAGAUGGACACGUCGAUGUCCACUGACAGUCUUAUGGCUGAGGUCAGUGGGAAGACUGCGACCAAUAAGAUAUCCCCGACUCUGGGGGGGGCGGGGAAGCCCCAGGAGAGGGUCAAGAAGUCCCCGCCGAUGGUGCAGAAGAGCCCCCUGAGUGUCGUCAGGAGGCCUGUCAGGUCUAUCGAGAGCUCCACUGCUGCCAGCAGGAAUAGGGCUGCUGCCACUAGUGUUUAUCAUGGGUCGCCCAGUCUCAGGAGGAAUCUGCUGGAUGCUGCCAAGACGCCUGACCUUGGGAGGACUGUCAAUGGCGGGUCCAGGGUCAGCACCAGGCAGAGCACACCUUCCACGAGCACGCCGCCUGUGGGGAAGAGGGAGAAGAGGGACAGUAAUGCGUCGAGCAGUGAGAGCCCUAGCAAGAGGUCUCCGAAGAUGAAUGGGGUCAGUCGACCGCUCAGGGUCGUUGGGAAGAGACCGGUCAAGCCGGAGGAGAAGAAGAAGGCGGACGCCGUCAAGCUGGGGGUCGGCUCCAGGUCGGGGACUUUCUUGAAGGAUGGACCCACGAUUCUUAAGAAGGCGGAUAUGAAGACCACGCAGGUCAUGUCGUAAGAGGGGGAGAGAAGAUCUUUUUCAUUUGGUGACGAGAUGAGGGUCUUCAGGGGUUUGGAGUAGACGGGGGAAGGGGCAUUGCAGUGAGAUAAUACAUUGUUUUUUAUGAAUGGUCUGUUAGCUCGGAGGAACAUUUAUUUCUGCAAAAUCGAGUUUCGCGAAUCGAGUCAUUUUCUGUCGAGAAUCAUUAGGUUGUCAUUGUGAUCAUUAUGUUGCUCUAGAGGAGGAUUACUGUGGCACAUGACUUGGGAUGAACUUCUACAAUGAUUAUUCACGUAUGAGAAAAUUUAGUAGAAAAACCCAGUGAAUUCGAUGGAAAAUUCUAUUGGAUUUCUGUUGAACUUUCUGU